AUGUCGGACAACUACGUCCUCGUGGAUCCGUUGUCCGCCAAACCGAUUGAUUGUUGGAAGAAGUAUGUGAAGCAGGGAAGAGUUUGUGAGCCUUUGAAGCCGAUGAGGUGAGCAAGUGCCCUUUUGUGGCGAUAUCUUCAGGUAAAUUAUUCGCAGACUGGACACUCCGAUAUUCGAGAACAAAGUUCGUUUUGUAUGCAUCUCGGAUACACACGAAAAACUGCACGAGGUGCGUGUCUUCUUGCCUCGAUUCGCGACGGAAAACAACUAGUUUGCAGGUGCUUCCAUACAUUCCCGAUGGCGACGUUCUCAUUCAUUCUGGCGACUUUACAAAUUGCGGCGACAUUGGAGAAGUGAUCAAGUUUAACGCGGAAAUUGGUGAGUCGAGUGAAAGUGAGAGAACAGUAGUAAUGGAGCGUCAAAUUCAGGAAGUCUGCCACACAAACACAAGAUCGUCAUCGCCGGAAAUCACGAGUUGGGCUUCGAGGACGGCGAGGAGAUGAGCGAACGUCAACUGGCGGGACUGAACAUGCUCGGAAUCAACAAGGCCUACGAAUUGCUCUCCAAUUGCACAUAUCUCUGCGACAAAUCCUACGAAGCGUACGGCCUCAAAAUCUACGGAGCACCGUGGCACUCGAUGCCCGGAUACUCGUUCUACCGCCCGAGAGGACAGAAGAUUCUCCACAAAUGGAAUCAGAUUCCCGCCAAAAUCGACGUUCUGAUGACUCACACUCCGCCGCUCGGCCACGGAGACUUCAACGCGUGGGACAAGAUGGACGGUAUUCUGUGCGGAUGUGCCGAGCUGCUCAACACUGUCGAACAGCGUGUGAAGCCCAAGUACCACGUGUUCGGGCAUGUGCAUCAGGUAGGAAAUAGUAGAGCUUCGAAAUUCGGCCAAUUACGCUCUUCCACUAUGGGGCGCGAUUGACAGACUUCUUCGGCAUCAUUGAACGCUAUGCAUCUGAAGAAAACCAGUCGACGUUAUUUUGUUACAGAAGCACGGUGUGACGACGAACGGAGAGACGACGUUCAUCAACGCGGCGCUGUGCGAUCACAAGCUGCGAAGCGCCUACGACCCGAUCAUUUUCGACAUUCCGCUUCCGCCCGGAAAGACCAAACAAUGA